AUGCAGCCCCUGGAUGCGGACGAGGAGCGGGAGCCCGAGGAGGACUGGGAGAGGCUCCUGAGCCCCGCGCUCGACGCCGCCCGCCGCGACGUCGCCGCCCUCGAGCGCGAGCACGUGCGCGCGCACGUGCGGGCGCGCAGGAAGCUGCUGGAGAUCGAGAGCCUGCUGGACGCCAUCACGAGCGAGGUGGAGGCCUCGGAGGAGCGCGCCCUGGAGCCCGGCCGGAGCCCGGGCGCCGAGGCGGAGCAGAGGGUGAGGAAGCUGUGCGAGAAGGUGGAGAAGAAGGCCGCGGAGGCCGCGCUGAUGGGGCAGCGGAUCGUGGAGCUCCACCGGCAGAUCGACGGUUGCGAGUGCCGCUGAGGCCGCGCUAAGAUUUUCGCCUAAUUAGACACAGUUUCACUCUUUUUACGUUGGUCCACCAUCAGGCUCUGGUUGACUGGUUGGCUGACACCCUGGAAAAGCUGAAACCUGAGAGCCUUUUGUUUUUGCUUUUCUGUUUUCUGUAAAUGGCCUUUCUACAUAUAACACUAAGUCCUCAUAUGGUCUAUGUAGUGACCAUUGUAUGCAUAUAGAUUGCCAAAUGUAUUCAGUUCUGGAAAGAACUUUUACUUGGGAAAGGCUCUCAAGGGAAUUUAAAUCUAGAUUGUAAAUUAAUGAGUUGGUCAUGUUUCUUAUUCUUGGGAUUUCUCAAUAUCUUUAAGUUUUGCUGCUUCUUUGCAUUUUACUAACUUGUAUGUGACCUAAUCACUGUGGGAAACCUUGGGACAAGCAAGACACGAGUCAUUUGUCAAACAGUGGAGUUGUUGAAAGAGUUCUACCUGCUUCAUUGGAAGAUGCCGCUGCAAAAGAGUUGGAAGAUGGUUUUGUGCACGGUUUGGAACUCUUUGUUUCUCAAAACAAAUGAGAUUUUCCUCAAAUUAAAUCGUGUUAUUUGGUUAUAUAACCUCUUGGGAGAGUUGUUUGGACAACCUAAUGAAGUCUAAUUUGACUUGAAACCUAGAACAUGGUUGAGUUCUUAUUAUUUUGUUUGUGGUUUGAUUUAAGGGUCAGCUGCAUUGACAGCUCUGCCUAGUGCAUUUCAGGCCUUUUGAGUCAUAGAAGGAGAGAUAUCUGCCUCGAAGAUCUGGAGAAACAAAUCAUUGGACCUAAACUGAGCAGAAACAACACUUACUCACAGGGUCAGAAGUUGUCUGGUCAAGCUCGUUAGAAUAGCAGACUCAACAGGGAUUUGAGGUUAAAACACUAUAUGUAAUAAGUGUCUGCGUAAGACCUAAAACCCAUGUAUUAUAUAUCUUUACCCAAAUAAACCAAAGCCCUUCAACUUUGCUAGGAAAAGACAAUAAAAAAUGUUUC